AUGUGUGAAAACUGCUACGCUGAGAAUGGGGCUCAGGAACGAGUCCAGCAAUGGCGACAGAACAUUGAAUCUCACCACCCAGAUUGCUCGGGUGAUUAUGAGCACUCUUCGCGCUCAACUCCUAGGCAACAGGCUCGCCGAAGUCGUCGACCCAGUCGUCGUGAUUCUAACAAUGAUCGGGGUCAUACUGGUCGCGGCCAUCAUGCCCGCACUCAACCAGGUCCCAGUAAUCAAUGUAAAUGUGGACAUGACCAUGGACACGAUCGCCACCAUGAUAGCCACCGUGACCAUCAUCAUCACCACGACCAUGACCACGACCAUCGUAAUAACCAUGACUGCGAAGUCCACGGUCAUCAAAGUGUCUCAAACAAUCUAUUUGAGCGGCAAGUAACCCGAGAUAUGCUAUUUGAUGGCGAUGGACUUUGUGUUAUCUGUUCAGACGUCGCCGAGCUAGACAGCUAUGUAACAGGUCUCUGGUGCGGACACUGGUUCCAUACCGAGUGCAUCCUCCCUUGGGUUGAAAGGAACAAAACUUGCCCUAUCUGUCGCUCUCAUAUUGACUAG